AUGUUGAUUAUAAAUCUAGCACCAAUUGAUCAAUCAGGGCGUACUUUAGGAAUUGCAAAGUAUGUAAGCAAAAAUCAGCGCGCAGUUAAUAUAGUAUCAUAUCGAGGAUAUAGAUCCCACUCUGAGUCACCAGAAAAGCUGUUAAAUAUUUCUUAUGUUGAAAAUAUUAUAUGCAAAAACAAGCCAUUUCUUCUUAAAGGGCUAUUUCUUAUGAUCAAAUAUAUUUACAUAACAGCCAUAAGUCUUAUACACCUGUAUAGAUAUAAAAUGCAUAUAUAUGGCACCCAGCGGCGAGCUUCUAUUAGAGAAGAUAUAUUUUAUAGCCCAUGGGGCACUGUUAUAUUUGUUGCUCCUCCUACGCUGACUCUUGUAGUUCCUGUUCUAUUUGCAAAGUUGCUUGGUAUUCGGGCCAUAGUAGAUUGGCACAGAAUAGCCACAGGGUGGAUGGAAAAAUUUGAUAUUUUAGUUGCUAGAAGAGUAGAGAACAUUUGUGUCACACCUAGCAUGCACAAAUAUUUUAUAAAUCAUCGCAUUGGGUCUCUGCAUCUUUUGACAGACAUAGAGAUCCGGCAAAACAUCUAUAAAAAAUCAGAUGAAAUGAUCUUUCCAAAAAGUAAAACAAGAAGAGAACUAUUUACAUUUUUGGCUAAAAAAUAUCCUGAAUAUAAAGAUGUUCUGUCUGGCAUCAAUAUGUCUAUGCGCAUGGGGGUCUGCAGCACAAGCUGUUCGAAGGAAGAGAACAUUGAAAAGCUGCUAAAAGAAGUAAGCCGCAUAUUAAUUCCAUCUGGUGGCAUUUUGUUUGUAACAACAAAAGAAAAGAUAUCAUUGGAAAAAAGCAGCGUCCAGAUUGUCCAUCUAUUUCUGGACUACACGGACUAUUUGGAUCUUCUUUCAGUUGUUGAUUUUGGCAUAUCUACGCAUGAGUGUAGAUUUGACUUUCCAUUAAAAAUAGUAGACUAUUUGCAAAGCGGGCUAACAGUGCUGGCGCAUGAAACAACUCCUACCUUGAAAGAUCCAUUGGAAGAAUGCAGAAUAAUUCGAUAUAAAAACAAUAACCAUAUGAGAGAAUGCAUAUCCAAACUAUUUUCAGAUGAAAGUUCUUAAAAUGCUCUAAUAUUGGCAUAACACAGAGUCUCUAAAAUAAAAUAUCUAAGAAUGCCAACUCAAUGAAUAUGUUAGUUAUAGAAGAAAUCUCUCCAGAAUCUGUCCGGCGUUAGUAUAUUACUAUAUAAAUUAGCAUGAAGUUUUUAAAAUAU